AUGGAGGAGGAGAAAAAGAAGAAGAUGCAGGCGAUUGCAGACAAGAUGAAGCAGCAGGUCAAGAGGAAGAAGAAGCAGCAGCAAGAUGAGGAGACCAGGAAAAGGGUCCAGAUGGAAGAGGUAGAAGCACUCGAAGAGGAGAGACGGAAGCAGAAGGUGAAAGAGCUGAAGAACUGGCUUCGACAGAAAGAGGAGCAAGAUCGGGCAAAGAAGGAAAGAGAUGCAGCCAUGGUGCUUCAGAUGCAAGAGGAGGAGGUCCAAAAGGCCGAACAGCAGAAGUUGCUGGAGCAGCAAAGGCAGGAGCAGCGAGAUCGUCGGCUCCAGGCGGUGGCCAAACAGAAG